UUUCAUUUCUCUUAGUUUUUCAUGUCUCCGAUAAUAUCACGGCGCGGGUCGCGUCGUUAACCCCUUGACCUCAUCUCCCUCCCCGUAAUUCGUUCGUCACGUGCCUCCUUCCCUCCCCCUCGUCCUCUCUCUCAGAUCCGUCUCCAUGCGCUCCCCUCCGUUGCCGUCCGCCGGAGGCGGCGCCCGCGACGCUGAGACACUCUUCCGCUCCAAGCCGAUCCCCGAGAUCCGCGCCGCUGAGGCAGCCACGAGGCGGGAGAUCAAGGCCAAGGAGGAGGAGCUCCGCCUGCUCGUCGGCGAGAGCUACCGAGAUCUCAUCGACUCCGCCGACUCCAUUCUCCUCAUUCACUCCUCCUGCGAGUCAAUCGACUCCAAUCUUGCUGCCGUCGAAGCCGCCCUCCGCUCCCUCUCCGUCCCCUCCGCUCCCGAAGCACCCACCCUCGCGUCUAACCCCGCUCGCACUCGCGUCUACGGUAUUUCCGCCAGGAUCAAGUACCUCGUUGACACCCCUGAGAACAUCUGGGGCUGCCUCGAUGAGUCCAUGCUCCUUGAGGCCUCCGGUCGGUACCUCCGCGCCCACGAAGUUUACGGCCUCCUAAUCAACACCGCCGAUCGAGAAUUGCUCGCCAAAUUUCCUCUUCUUCGGCAUCAAUGGGAGAUUGUCGAGGGCUUCAGGGCCCAGAUCUCGCAGAGGACCCGCGAAAGGCUGACUGACCAGGGGCUCACCAUCGCCGCCUACGCAGAUGCCCUAGCUGCUGCUGCCACCAUCGACGACCUGGAGCCAAAGCAGGUAUUGGGCCUGUUCUUGGACUCGAGGAGGUCGUGGAUCUCGCAGAAGUUAGCAGGUGGCAUCCUUGAUUCUGAUUCCUCUUCUUCCUUGCUAUGUGAUGUGGUUAGGACGAUAAGAUCUAGCUUGGGGCAAGUGGGCGAGCUCUUUCUUCAAGCGCUGAAUGAAAUGCCGUUGUUCUACAAAAUGGUACUAGGGUCUCUCCCUGGGACACAGCUGUUUGGUGCAAUCCCUCAUCCAGAGGACGAAGUGAGGCUCUGGAAGUCGCAUAGGGAGAAAUUGGAAGCAGCUAUCGUUCUGCUUGAACCAGAUUUCAUUGCCGAUACCUGUUCUUCUUGGUUAAGAAACUGCUGUGAGGAAAUUUUUGGUAGGUGUCCAAAUGGUAAGCGUAUAACUGAUGCAAUUGCUAGCGGAGAGGGCCUUGCAGCUGCGGAAAAGAUGGUUCGUUAUACUUUAGAUGACCGAGAGGGAUUGGAGGAGAGCUUGGAACAUUGGCUGAAAAGUGUCUUUGGCUCUGACAUUGAGUCCCCUUGGAACCAGAUUAGUGGGCUCAUCCUGAAGAACGGAAAAGACAUCUUAGAGGAUAGGUUGGAAGAGGCAUUUACUGGCAGAAUGAAAGAAAUCAUGAAUUUAGAAUUUGCAAACUUGAAUAUAGAUAUCAACUUGAGGAACUCUGUCCAGGCUAUUGUGAAAACUACUGAGUGGAAUGACCCAGAUGAUUCACAAGCUUAUUUAAAAAAUCUGUCAACUGAUGGCGGAAUUUGGUUCUCAGAGUCAAUUCAAAAGAAAACAGGAUUACUUUAUGCUCAUAAACCAGCAAUUUAUGAGAAUGAUUUCAACAGUAGCUUGAAUGCAUAUCUUGGACCUGAAGUUAGUCGGAUUAGAGAUGCAUUGGACAGAAAAUGUCAAACAAUACUAGAGGAUCUUUUGUUCUAUGUGGAAUCUCACAACUCUUUUUUGAGGUUAAAAGAGCUGGCGCCAUAUCUUCAAGAAAAAUGUUACAACACCAUAGUUGCCUUACUGAAGGAACUUGAAGAUGAACUUGCACUUCUUACUGCUGCUUUGGAGAGAAACACACAGGACAAGGAGUUUCCUCACACUGUCCUUAUUGACAGAUCACUCUUUAUAGGACGCCUUUUGUUUGCAUUAAAAAAUCAUUCGAGUCAUAUACCUCUAAUUCUUGGAUCUCCAAGGCAGUGGGUUAAAGAUACUCUUGGUGCAGUCUCUGUUGGCUUUUUAUCCUCUCCUUUGUCUGGGAAACAUAAUGCAUCUUUUGAUUCUCCAAUCUCUCCCUGUCAUAGCUCCAAAAGUCCGAGAAGACAAUUUCUUGGUAAUCCUAGAAGGCAGACAAUUUCAGCUGCUGCUGCGUUGUUUGCACUGGAUGAAAACUCAAGUCCAAAGCUUGAUGUACUUAACAAAAUCUUUAAAGAUCUGUCCAUCAAAUCUCACAGCCUGUGGAUUGUUUGGUUGUCCAAUGAGCUAGCACUAAUUCUUUCCAAGGAUCUUACCAGAGAUGAAACAUUAUCCUCUUCAACUCCUUUGAAGGGCUGGGAAGUGACUACCAUCAAACAAAAUGAUUCCAAGGAAGGCCCUUUGGAGAUGAAAAUCUCUCUUCCUUCUAUGCCUUCACUCUAUAUCACCUCCAUUCUCUUUCAGGCUUGUUUAGAAAUUCACAGAAUGGGAGGUCAUAUUCUUGACCGACAUACACUGCAGAUGUUUGCGUGGAAAUUUUUACAGAAGAUGGUUGAAGUCUAUGAAAGAUUUUUAUCAGCCUUGGAAAAUGGUGAAUAUCAAGUCUCAGAUAAAGGAAUACUGCAGAUUUUGCUAGAUUUGAAAUUCAUUGCUGAUGUUCUCUCUGGAGGCAAAGACUCUACUGCCAGUGAUCCUGAAUCAAAUGCCAAAGAAGAUUCACUAAAAGUUAAAAUACUAAAACCUGCGUCAAGACGGAAACAGCCACAAAACAAGCCUGAUUCUGCAAAUGUGGAGACCAUUUCAAAACUAAUCAAUAGCUUUUCACAGAGGCUGGAUCCCAUUGACUGGGCUACGUAUGAGUCUUACCUCUGGGAGAAUGAGAAGCAAUCAUACAAGCGAUAUUCUGUUCUUUUUGGCUUCUUAGUUCAGCUUAAUCGUAUGUACACAGACAUUGUCCAGAAAUUGCCUACAAAGUCAAAUGCAGGUUCAAACAUUAUGAGAUGUUCCACAGUUCCCCGAUUUAAAUACCUCCCUAUCAGUGCUCCUGCAUUAUCGUCAAGAAAUGCACAUAAAUUAGCUCUGCAGACUUCUGAUGAUACCUCAAUGAGGAGCCCCUGGCAAGCAUAUGGAAGUGUGGAACAAUCUCCGAAGCCAGACUUUGAUGAUAGUCCAAACUAUGGAGUUACUGCACCGUUGCUCAAGUCUAUCAUGACACAGGUGGGAAGCAAAUUUGGGGAGAGUACCUCCAGAUGGGGCUCUAUGCUUUCUGAUGGCCAAGUUGGUAGGCUCAAAGACAGAUCUGCUGCUGCCAUGUCGACCUUCGGCGACAUUCUUCCUGGCCCUGCAGCAGGGCUUCUAUCAUCUCUUACAUCAGGCGCAGCCAUGUUCGAAACUUAACUUGUGUUUAUUCUGCAUCAAUGAGUAUUCAUAUGAAGGAACAGAAUCCAUUUGUUUGGAGAGGGAAAACUUCAGCCGGAAAUUUCUAGUCUCGCUGCAGAGGUAAUAAGGAAGCCUUCUCACAGCAUGAGCAAUUUGCAAUUAAGUAAAACCCCAAGUAGUGGAAUCUGUCUUGCAAUGUGCAGUGUUUAGGAGCUGGAACACUCGUCCAAGCCUCCAUGUUAGAGAAGUCGAGGGAUCAGAGAGUUGUAUAUGUUACAAGAUUCACAGUUUCAACAAAAUAUAUAUAGUUUUCCCACAGGGCCCUAUGUAAGACUAAUUUUGUUUGUUCGAGUUUUAUUCCUUUUUGUUAAUCUCAAAA